UGGCCGCGGCUCUUCCUUGUUCUCCGCCCGCGCAGCCAUGGCCAAGUGGGGCCAGGGAGACCCGCGCUGGAUCGUGGAGGAGCGGGCGGACGGCACCAACGUGAACAACUGGCACUGGACAGAGCGGGAUGCCACCAGCUGGUCCAAAGGGAAGCUCCAGGAGCUCCUGGUGGGCAUUGCUGUGGAGAACGAGGCCGGCCGCUGCGAGAUCAGUGAGCUGAAGCAGAUGGAAGGUGAGGCUUCCUGCAGCAGCCGCAAGGGAAAGCUGAUUUUCUUCUAUGAGUGGAACAUCAGACUGGGCUGGAAAGGUAUCAUUAAAGAAUCUGGCGUGAAGCACAAGGGAUUGAUUGAAAUACCCAGUCUUUCUGAGGAAAAUGAAGUAGAUGACACUGAGGUGAACGUGAGUAAAAAGAAAGGAGAUGGGGAUAUACUGAAGGAUCUUAUGAAAACUGCAGGCACCGCCAAGGUCAGGGAGGCCCUUGGAGAUUACCUGAAGGCACUUAAGACGGAAUUUACAAUGGGAAUGAUUUUACCAACGAAAGCUAUGACAACCCAAGAAUUGACUGUUAAAAGGAAACUGAGUGAGAAUACCUCGCAGGUUCAGGCCUCAUCUCCAGUAGCACUGGGUGUAAAGAUUCCCACUGUGGCUCUGCACAUGAUGGAACUGUUUGACACACCUGUAGAGCAGCUGUACAGUAUCUUCACUGUGAAAGAUUUGGUGCAAAAAUUUUCUAAAUCUCCUGCUGUAUUAGAAGUUGAAAAGGGAGGGAAAUUCCAGAUGUUUGAUGGGAACAUCACUGGUGAAUAUAUGGAGUUGUUAACAAAUAAAAAGAUUGUCAUGAAAUGGAGAUGUAGGAACUGGCCAGAAGAACACUAUGCAACAGUUGUACUGAAUUUUGUGCCUACUCUAGGGCAAACGGAAUUACAAUUGGACUGUAAAGGAGUUCCUGUCUGUAAAGAAGAGAACAUGAAAUUCUGUUGGCAGAAGCAGCAUUUUGAAGAAAUAAAAGGUUUACUGCAGCUGACCACCCUAAAUGGCUGAAUUAAGAUUUGAUAAGGGCAUUACUUUUUAAAGUAUACUGAAGAUGCAAGUUUUUU